GGACAAAGGGUACAACGCGUAUAAGUUCUUUGUAUUAGAGCGUAAAGUUGAAAUGUUUUUGAGCGAUACACUGUGGCCGCAGGGCGUUAUUUUUCGGCGUUUUGUGAACUACAAGGACCGGAUUAAUCGGAUAACCGGCAACGGUCAGGUUGCAGACGGCGUAAAUAAUGCUCUGAAUGCAGGAUAAAACCCUAUAUACAUUUGUGAGUUUUAACUGCAAAAAUGUUAAGCGUUCUAAGGAUGACAUACGCCAGUUAUGUAAAACAUAUGACCUAAUUAGUCUUCAGGAAACAUGGCUAUUGCCUGACGAAAUUUGUUUCCUUGAUACUAUCGACGAAAAUUUCGGCUACACAGGAACCUCGGCAGUGGACACGGCGGCGGGGAUGCUUAGAGGCAGACCGUACGGCGGCGUAGCUUUGUUGUGGAACAAGAGUGUGUUUCGUAACGUGUCGGUUGUAAAAUGCAGUAACCCGCGGAUAUGUGCCGUAAAAAUAACUAUAGGUCAAAGGUCAUUCUUAGUGUUGAGUGUGUAUAUGCCUACAGAUAAGGUAGAGAAUUUAACGGAUUUCACGGAUUGCCUGAGUACAGUAAGUGCUAUAGUAAACAAUAACAAUACAGAGUCGGUGUACAUACUCGGUGAUUUUAAUGCACAUCCUGGAGGCUUGUUUUAUAAUGAACUGUCUUGUUUUUGUGAUGACCAGGGCUGGAUUUGUGCGGACAUUGAAAAGUUGGGUUUACAAUCUAGUACGUACACAUUUGUAAGUGACGCACAUGGGUCGACGAGCUGGCUGGACCACUGUCUCACUAGCGUGUCGGCAAUGGGUUCGGUUACGAAUGUGUACGUACGUCAUGACGUUGUCUGGUCAGACCAUUUUCCGCUGGUGGUAGAAUGCGACUUGCAAGUAAUAAGGGCUAAAAUAAGUCGUGAGGAGAUAACUAUGUCAAAUAAAAUAGUAUGGGGUGAAAGAAACCCUGAGCAAGUGGCAAUCUACAACAGCGAAUGUAACACAAGAUUAAAAUUGAUUGAUUUUCCUCAGGAGUUGCGUCAGUGUUGUGAUCACACUUGUACGGACCCUAGUCAUAAAAAAGUUAUUGUGGAAUAUUACAGUAAGAUAAUUAGCGCCUUAACUGAAUCAGCAACUGUAAGUGGAAGGUCGAAUGUUGUUAAAAAGAAAAAGCCUAUAGCUGGCUGGAACAGGUAUGUGAGCGACGCUCAUAGGACAGCCCGUUUCAAGUUUCAGGUUUGGUUGUGGUACUCCAAACCUAGAGUAGGAAGAGUGUUUGAGGAGAUGCGUGCAAGCAAAAGAAUCUUUAGAUCUCGUUUAAAGUGGUGUCAAAAGAAUGAAGACCAAAUUAAGCUAGAUAUUAUAUGUGAGCAUCACUCUAAGGGAGAUUUUAAGAGUUUCUGGAAGUCCACUAACAGACUCAAUCCCAAACCGGGCCUUCCGGUGAGCGUCGAGGGUGUCAGUGAUAAUAAAAGUAUUGCCAACAUGUUUAGAAGCUUUUUUCGAGUUGAAUCACCAUUGGCAUCAACACAGUCGCCAGGGGUGGCAGACACUGGGUCUCAUGACCGGAGGACAAUUACCAAGUUUACGGCUAAUGAAGUUAAGAAAGCCAUUAAAUGUAUCACAAGGGGUAAGUCUCCCGGUCAUGACGGCCUCAGUGUUGAGCACCUCCAGCAUGCUGGACCGCAUCUACCAAGAGUACUGGCCAUGCUGUACACAUUUUGUAUAGGACACGCUUUCCUGCCAGACGACAUGAUGAGGACUGUGGUGGUGCCAAUAGUGAAGAACAAAACCGAUUUAAAUAAAGUUCUGAAGUACUGGUAUCAAAACCAAUCGAAUGUCGUUAGAUGGGCGGGAGCAUUUUCGGAUGCAUACAGGUUGAAGUGCGGAGUAAGGCAGGGAGGAUUGACUUCGCCUAAGCUCUUCAACCUGUAUGUAAAUGCACUGAUAGAGGAACUCAGCAGCACCCGCAUCGGGUGCCAUAUUGAUGGAGUAUGCGUAAACAAUAUCAGCUACGCCGACGAUAUGGUGCUGCUGAGUGCCUCUCCCUGUGGGCUCACUAAGCUGAUAGGUGUCUGUGAGCGGGUGCUGAUGGGGCUGCCGCGAUACUGCAGUGCAUCAGGGAUGUUUGCCGAGGCGUGGGUGGACUGUUUCCACACGACUAUGCGCAAGCGAUGUACAUCCCUGGUGCGCCGGAUCCGCGCUAUUCAGAUUUGGCGCAAAGCGAGCAUCGAGCACCGCCACCCCCACAGGCAGCCGCACAGAUCUCUCUAG